CACACGUAAGUUGAGUCAAUUCACUUAUACACAUAUUGAUGCACGUAUGCAUUCGACUAAAUGGGUUCUAUGCUAUCCUAAGAGUAUUCCUGAUCAAGGAGUUUUCUUUCCAAAGCAUUGCACUAUUUAAUUGCACUCCUUCUGUCAUAGUGACUGGGCAGGUUUUACUAAUAUACGUCGGUCCACUGUUGGUAUUUGUGUGACGCUAGAAAAUUAGUUAAUUAUUUGAAGGUUGGACAAAAGAAAGAUUGUUUCUCUAUCCUUUGUUGAGGCAUAAUAUUGAGUCAUGUGACGUCAAAUGUAGUGUCUACCAAAUUUACUUGGUCCUAAGACCAGGAUUGUAUUCCCUCAUACCUCUCGCAAAACCCUUACUUCGGAAGUGAGGUACUCUAUUAAAGCAAAAAUAAUCAUCAAACUUGUAUCUAGGAUCUAGAAUUGUAGCAACUUCCAUCAUUCCAUGAAUGAUAUCCCAAUAAUAAUCAAACUUCUCCAACAUUCGUGUUGCCAUAUUUGCAAUAUAUGUAUCAGGAGAUAACACCCAUUGAUUCAAAGAAACCUUUAUCUCACAAACUUUGGGUCAAAAAAUAUUGGCAGUUGGAUAGGUAGAACUUGAAAACACUUAUGUGAUGUUGUAAAACAACUUCAACUUCUUACAAAUCUUUUCUGCCAUAAUCUACUCAUCUUCACUUGGCACGAUAGUAUAACCUGAAUCUCGUAGUCUCAACCAAGGAAAAACCUCUUUGUAAACCAAGGCAGUAGAAAGCAAAGUAGAAUUCCAACGAGUGCUACAAUCAAGAGCCAAUUCUUUUGAUUCAAUGUGUCUUUCACUCGCCAAUAAAGUGAAAUUUUGUCGUCUUUUUGGCGAAGCAAUCCAAUAGACAACACUAUCACGCACUUUCUCAAUACAAGUCUCGAUCAUUGAUAAUCCCUCAUGAACUGUUAAGUUUAUGAUAUGUGUUGCACAUCUCAUAUGAAAAAGAAAACCACCCAAGAGAAGUGAACUCGCUUGUAGCUUCUCUCCUAGAAGGGAUCUAACCAUUGCAUCAUUAGUAUUACAAUUAUCUAGAGAGGUGGCCGAUAGCUUGCUAUCGAUGUUCCAUGUAGUCAUACACUAAAAAACUACAUUACCGAGCACAACUUUUGUAUGAGGAGAGAGAACAUAGCAAAAUCUCAAAACUCAAUUAUGGAGACUCCAUGAAUCAUCAAUGUAGUGUGCAGUAACAACCAUAAACCCACGUUUAUUGUUGUUUGAGGUCCACAUGUCUAUUGUAAUGGCUACUCUACUACGGUUUCUCUCUAACUCCAUCAUAACAUGAGUCCUCCCUUCCUUAUAGAUCUUCAAGAUGUCACUUCUAACUGUGUUUCUUGAAAUCAUUUUGAAUGCAGGUUGAAGAGAGCUUACAAACUUUCUUACUUGUUAUAGUAAGGAAGAAAGACGGCUUACAGGCCAAAGUGCCAGUUCCCGCACUCCAGAAGCAAGCCAAAUUGAAAAAAGAAUCGAAUAUUAAUUGAUAAAAUAAUUUACUCCAAAGUCUGCGGCUCCUGGUGCAACAACAAGCACCUGAAACCCAUAGGCUAAGGCGUUUCUUAUAUAAUUAAUUAAAAAACCUUUCGCGCAGCUCAAGCUGACUUACUAGAAGAUUAUUAAAUCCUGCGACAUCUAUUGAAAUGCUUAGAUCAUCAGCCACAGUAAACGAAUCUUAGUAUUAUUAUUAAUAAUAUGAUAUCAGAUUGCUUGCUGCUUAUAGAUCAAUGCUGAGAUUAGACCAUUCACAAGAAUCCUUCUUUUCGUCGGUUUAUCAUAUGUUCGACCGUAGGGAGAAGAGCGAAGGGUGUCUGUCAAGUACUGGAUAUCCCUGUAAUUCUACCGAUGGGGAGAGAAAAAGCACAGAGGGUAGGAAGCACAGAGGUUCUGUCUUAGGGGCGAGGUACACCAACAUAAUUAACCACAACAAGUGGAAACUCGUGCAAGAUAAUCAUGUUAGCAAGAUCCCUUCUACUAUUCUCUUGGUCAAAGAUACAUGGACUCGAACUUCUACUAGCACCUAACUUCUUUCUCAACAAGUUAUACAAGUGCUUAAUCUUAAGACAUCUUCGCGAGUGCUUGUCUAAAUGAGUAGCUCCAUGCACAGCUGAAAGCAUUUUCUUGCAAUGUUGACAUUGAGCCUUUAACUCUCCCCUAAACAAUACUUUCUUAAGGCCUUUCCAUACAUGAGACCUCAAUUGUUUACUGCCAUUAGAAACUACUGUAGGAGCUUCACUAUUGCUUUCACCAGAAUCUGAAUGAGAAUUUUCAGGAACCUCAGAUAAUUCAAUGGUUUCAUCUAUUUCUGAAGCCAUUUUCACUUAACCUGAACAACAUAACAUACCAAUAUUACCACUAGUUUAUAGACAUAUGAAUAAAGGGAUGCAUUUCUAAUCUAAGAAGCAACUUGCAGUUUCAUAAGACACAUCAAAGAUAGCCAGAGAAACAAUUACGAACUCAAACUGAAAAAAGAGAACCCACAUCAUGAAUUAAACAACUUAACAUAUAUAUCAUAGCGGCAUAUCCAUAGGCUUCCGUUGCGAAAAUGCAAAUUCUAUCUUCUGUGAAUAGAAGUACCUGUAAGAGAUUAGCAAUAGUCUCAACAGUGGCUGUCUUGUUAAUCCUAGCGACUCAGUCUCAGCGCAUCCGCGAAGCUUCCUCUCGCCGUCGCCAACCCAUAUUCAAUUCCCGACACAACCCGGCGCCAACCGACUGAACCAACGCAAACCCAUAACCAAAGAUGAGACAAGUAAACAAAACCCAGAUGAACGAAAUCUUAGAGAGCGAGAUACAAGGGAAAAGCAGAACCGAGCAAACAGAGAGGGGACAAGAUCUAGAAGAGAAGAAGAGGGGGGGGGGACCUGGAGACUGAGACCAACACGAGAAGAGUGAGAGGUGGGUUUCUUUUUCUUUCUGUCCUUGUCCUUGUUUUCAGUUUCUGAAUGUGGGUUUAGCGUUUCCAGAUAAUCCACAUCCUCAGAAUUCAAUGGUGGGGAAAAGGAGAAGUUGGCGGCGUCGGGGCAGAUUGUCGCUGAUCGAUAAUCGAGAUUGCAGGUCGGUGGCGUCUUCGGGGCCGAUAGUUGCUGAUCGAGAAUCGGGAUGCAAGCGGGCAGCGGCGUCGGGAUACGAUGGUUUAGGUUAUUAGGUCGAACUGACCAUGGAUGAAAAGACCCGUUUGGGUCAUGUUUGAGCUUUUUUUUAAUUAAUUUUCUGGGCUUAUCUUGGACCCAAUUUAAUUGGAUGGGUAUGGGUCUGCUCCAAAACAAAAAAACCCAAAACCUAAUUUGACCCAAAAUCUAUUGGGUUUGGGUAAAACCCAGACCCUAAGACCCAUUUGACAUGCCUAAGUAAAUCUACACUACUAUAGAAGUGUGAGAGCAGAGAAGGAAAGUGCUUUCGAUACGGAGCAGCUUGAACACAAGAUCAAAUACACCCAAUUCAUUAUCAUACCGUUAAUAUAUAAUUUAUUAGGUGACUACUUCUAUUGACAUGUAUUUAUGUUCAGAGUUAAAUAUGAGUUGAUUGUUAAUUGUAAACGUUAUGGAUUGAAAACGUUAUGGAUUGAAGAAUUUCAUAAUUUUUUCUCACGUACUGAUAUUGUAUGUUAUAUUGGUUAAUCCAAUUAAUCAAAUCGAUUAAACUUU